AUGUCUGUGCUUCUGCAUAUCGGUCUACCCGAGCUGCUUGGGCAUGGUUAUCUCGACUUCCUGGGUCUCUUGACGGCUGGUGCUCCUCUUCCGGUUCUUUACUUGGCUUAUGGAUGCUCGCUUUACUUGUCUGUCUUCCUUGGCUGCCGCGUCGUUCUCGGACGUCUCGAGCUACUGGGCUAUCGUACUUCCCGACGGAACGCACGGAAACACCCUGCUACGGAAGGGAGACACUCUGCUAAGGAAGGGAGACGCCCUGCUACCCAGCCUGUCAUCACUGUUCCGUGGAACAAGCCAGGUUUGCGCCUAUUCAAGACCGGCCCGAGCAAAGGAGAGCAGGCGCGCCGUCUGCGUGCUGCCCGCGAGGCCUCGCUCAAGCCUCUGCAUGACUACUUCCAGUCGCUCAAGCCUACGGUCCCCAUUUCUUACGGUGUCCUGACUGACAAGCGCAACGGCUCCCAGUCUGCCACCGUCCCUGUCACUCCUGCGGUCGAUGGUGUCUCUGUGAAGCCCACCCUCGACGACUCUGACGCUCCGAAGCCUCGUACCGCUCCCCGUCCACCACACAAGUAUCGCAUCGCAUCGACUCCCGGAUACCGUCCAUUUAACUUGCACCUCCCGACGUAUGCCCCGGACCCGUACUAUACCAAAGGAGAUCGUCUUUGGGACGCCCAGAAGAAGCUCUACGCUGAACGCCUGGCCAAGAACGCGAGCGCAGUUGCCCAACGUCCUGUCAAGGAAGUUCAGGUCGUCGAAGCGGCACCGAAGCCUGAGGAGGACAACAAGCGUCCUACUACUGUCACCUCUGUCGUCCCUGUCGCCUCUGUCCCUGUUGCUCCCGUUGUUCCUGAGCCCGCCAAGCAGCCCUCCAGAGCGCCGAAGGUCAAGGUCCGCGUCGAGAAGGUCAAGCUCCUCAAGAAGCGGACGCACGCAGUCCUCGAGCGCCAGGCCAAGACGAUGUCUCUUCUUGAUGCUACCCCCUCUCCGCACUCUGGUUUCGCGAACAAGGCCGUUAAGCGCGUGUACGAGCCCAUGGACGUGGACAUGUACGACGCGGAGGACCUCAUGGACGUCGACCUGCCUGACCCGGUCGACGAGCUCUGCGAUCGCUUCGCUACCAUUCUCUGA